AUGACUACCACAGCUGCGGCCACUGUUGGACGAGGGAGUCUAAGCGGGGGCACUUCCUCCCCGGGGGGAACACCUGCUCCGCUUGGAGACCCCGUGAAUUUGGCAAGAUUAGCAGAAGUGGCAUCAAAAAGCUCUAAAGUAGGGCCCAACGUUGGGGUUGCCGGCGCUGCGACUGCCAAGAAGGCUCCACCACCGUCAGCUGCCACAGCUGCACCUGUAGUUGCGGGUGCGGCCACGAGAGCAGCGUCAGGUGUUGGGCCGCCUCCAGGGGCUCCAACCACGGGAGCAGGGAUCGUUGGACCAACGACGAAGGACCUACUGACAACCAUCGAAGCGAGUGGCUCGGCUGAUGUCAUUGAAAUCCUCACAAGUGACCCCAAUGACAAGCUCAUUGGCUAUAAACAGUUGGAGGACUGGGUCGACGGAGGUUUGGAUAUGUACAGGCACGAGUUUCGGCCCCUUCUUUUUCCCAUUUUCUGUCAUUUCUAUUUAGAACUGGUGCAGCAAGGUUUCAAGGAAGCAGCGAUUAAGUUUUUCACAUCUCAUGGUCCUGGCCUCCUCUCACAUGGAAUCCCCUCAUAUACCGAUACACUUCAUGCUCUUUCGGCGCUUCUCCUUCCUACCCACAUCGCCACUUCCCCCACAGCUCAACGCUUUCGUUCGGACAAAUAUGUGAUAAAAAUGAGCCGUGCAGGCUUCGCCCUAUUCGUAGGUUGGUUAACUGAAGGAACAGGCGGCGAAGGGACAGGUGCUGGGGAAGGCAUUAUUGAAGGUGGUCGAGAGGGCAGUGGCCGCCGUGCUAGAAUGAGUGUUCUAACCGUUGUGAACGGCAGGCUCAAGUUCGACGUGGCUUCCUCCACGAGCUUAACAUCAAGUGCAUGGGAGGAGAAUACCGGUCUUGUAGCAUCCCUCAUCCCUGCUACAUCAUCAGCGUCCGCUGCUUCCAUGGCUGCGAAUGCUCUGAAUAAGAAGAUUCAGCCAAAUCCCGCUGCAGCCCUCAUGCAGAAGUAUAAUCCGUCAGUGUUUAAUGCAGCACAGGGAGAGCUUAAGCUAGGGCCUGCGCCUAUAAGCGAUUCGCUACGGGAUGAGAGGGAAAAGGCACUGAAGGACGAGCCUGCGGAUGACGGGGACCGAAUGGCGAUCGAUGGUGCCGCUGCCCCCACUGCUGUCGGUCCUGGUUCUGUUGGGCUCAACGGGCUAAUUGCCCCUACAUACUCAGAAUUACUCCCUCAGCCACCUACUUUUCGUUCGGUUGACGUUAAGCGAGAGGUUGAAAGAGUUCGGGAUGCACGGAAGAGGAUUAAGUUAGACCCUGGCCUUUACGCUGUGGAGGAUACAGAUAGCGUUAGAACUCGAAGUAGGGUACCUAAUGCAGCUUUGCCAAGUGUUUGUGCAUAUACUUUUCACGAUGCGCUGGAUGGGUUGAAUUGCACCGUCUUUUCCGAGGAAUCUUCCCUUAUGGCAGCAGGAUUUGCGGAGAGCUAUGUUCGAAUAUGGAGUCUUAAAAAAGACAAGUUGAAGGGGCUUCGAAGUGACUUCAAUGUGAACAAUGUCCAUGACCGUGACUACGUCUUUGAAGAAAAUACGGAGAAAUCGGGAGGUUCCACUCGGAAACUUGUUGGACAUUCCGCACCGGUGUAUGGCCUUUCAUUUGACCCAGUGGGUGGGACAGCUGUUCCGCCCAAGUACUUGCUCUCAGCCUCCGCCGAUCAUACGACUCGUCUAUGGUCACUCGACACUAUGACAAAUGUUGUGGCAUACCGAGGCCACAGCAAUCCAGUGUGGGAUGUGCAGUGGAGUCCGAUGGGAGUGUACUUUGCUACUGCCAGUCGGGAUCGAACUGCCCGAUUGUGGAGUUCCGAGAGGAUCAAUGCAUUGCGCGUCUUUGCUGGUCACUUGAGUGAUGUAGACUGUGUUCGAUUUCACCCUAACUCCUUGUACUUGGCUACAGGAUCCAGUGAUUCGACAUGUCGAUUAUGGGAUGUACAGCGGGGAAAUUGCAUGCGGGUUUUCAUUGGUCACCAGGGUCCAAUCACUUCCAUCACCAUGAGCCCUGACGGCCGGUAUCUGGCUAGUGCUUCUAUGGAUCUCUCUAUCAAUCUCUGGGACCUAGCUUCAGGUCGGAAAAUCAAAUCCAUGACCGGCCACACAGCGCCUAUCAAUUCUCUGGCGUUCACGGCGUGUACAACGAUGCUCAUCUCCGGCUCCUCCGAUUGGACAGUGAGAUGUUGGGACGUUAAAGGCGCUGGAGGAACAAAACCGGAAGCCUCAAGCUAA